AUGAUGAAAAGGCUUUUGGCGUACCGCCUCGUGGCGCUGCUAUCUCUGAUAGUCUCUGUGGUGGCUGGCAUCGACCAAGACAGACAUGAUGUGAAACGGCAGUCGACCGACCGAUUGGUUUUUGCGCACUUCAUGAUCGGAAUCGUCAGUGACAGAAGAAGUGCCUCUGAUUAUGAUGAUGAUAUGAAGCGGGCAAGAUCUCUGGGAAUUGAUGCAUUUGCUCUCAACAUUGGAGUGGAUCCAUACACCGACCAGCAGCUCCAGCUAGCCUACGACUCCGCUGCAAAUAAUGGCAUGAAAGUGUUCAUCUCGUUUGAUUUCAAUUGGUGGCAUAUCGACCAAGCCAGCGCGAUAGGUCAAAAAAUCGCCCAAUAUGCCAGCAAGCCUGCUCAACUCAUGGUGGACAACAAGGUAUUUGUCUCAUCCUUCGCUGGCGACGGGGUAAAUGUUGCGACGCUGCGCGCAGCAGUGGGAAGAUCGAUCUUCUUUGCGCCCAACUUCCAUCCGUCAUAUGGAACCGAUAUAUCACCAGUGGACGGGCUUUUGAAUUGGAUGGCUUGGCCAAAUAACGGAAACAACAAGGCUCCGACACCGGGUCACAACGUAUCUGUAGAAGAUGGAGACAACGUGUAUGUGAAUGCCUUGGCUGGUAAAGCCUAUAUCGCUCCCGUUUCCCCGUGGUUCUUUACUCAUUUCGGGCCCGAGGUUUCAUACAGUAAGAAUUGGAACUUCCCUUCGGAUCUUUUAUGGUUCAAUAGGUGGAAUGAGAUCCUCGCCUUGAAGCCGCGUUUCAUCGAAAUUGUCACUUGGAAUGACUAUGGUGAAUGCCAUUACAUCGGCCCACUGAAGUCUCCUCAUACCGACGACGGGGCUUCGAAAUGGGUCAAUGAUAUGCCCCACGACGGAUGGCUGGAUAUUUCGAAGCCCUACAUUGCUGCUUUCAAAGCAGGUGAAUCUUCCCCCAACAGCUACAUCUCCUCCGACGAACUGGUUUACUGGUAUCGACCAACUCCCCGAGGUGUCAAUUGCGACUCUACCGACACUUGCAUGGUACCAGCAAACAACGGAAGUGGAAAUUAUUUCAUGGGUCGCCCAGAUGGAUGGCAGUCAAUGGCAGAUUCCGUGUUUGUGGUCUCUCUACUCACAGCUCCAGCUACCAUCCAAGUAAACAGUGGAGGGAGUGUGUACAACUACAAUGCACCAGCUGGUGCAAGUGCACAAGGAGUUCCGAUGGGAGUAGGCUCCCAAAGCUUCACCAUCAUUCGAGGGGGCCAGACUGUUCUUUCCGGUACCAGCCUGAAGCCAAUCAUCAACGGCUGUGUUUGCGGGCUAUACAAUUUCAAUGCAUACGUGGGAACUCUUCCCGCUGGGUUUAGCGAUCCUCUCCAGCCAGACGGGCUUGCUUCUUUCAGACAGGGCCUUCACGUCGAUUGCCAAGCUACUCCAUCUCUAGGUACCGCGCCCCCUCCACCUCCCUCAUCUACCAGUACAACUCUGCCAGGCACUCCCCCAACAGGUCCAACCACCUCCCCUUGUCCUAACGCACCAUUCACUGUCACUGUCACUGUAACAGAAACGCUGACUCCUUCGUCUUGUCCAGUUCCCAGUAGUGGAGGUGGAGGAGGCGGCGGCAGCGGUGGCGGCGGUGGGGGUGAUGGAGGAGGUGGUGGCGGAGGUACUGGUGGAGGAGGUUCUGGAGGAGGAGGGGGGGGAGGGGGCGGUGGUGGUGGAACUUGUAUUGCAGGAACAGGACCCGGCAACUAUAUCGGACUCUGCUCUUUCUGCUGCAAUUUCGGAUACUGUCCCCCAGGCCCCUGUACAUGUACGGGAUAUGGAAAUCCAGUCUCACCACCGCGUUCUACCGGUGUUCGGGGAGCCCCUCUACCUUGGGAAGAUGAUUCAUAUUUGGGCCUUUGCAGUUUCGCUUGUGAUCACGGGUACUGCCCGCCGACGGCAUGCAGGGUGCUUUGA